AUGCUGACGAACGAAAACGUCCUAGCCUCCUUAGACACGCUGACAGACUGGCGGGCGAGGGUUCUUUCUAUUGUGGAAGGGGAUAGGGUACUCUGUAUCGACUCCCUUGCUUCCAUUCACCAGCGCGUGCUGCACCUCGCAGUCGUUGAUGCUGGAGCAACCGUGGCCUUUGCUCGUAGCGGAUUUCUAACACUGGGGGAAGACCUCGCAGCCCUCCAGCCAACCAUAGUUGCUGCCUCGGGAGGCAUUUUGCCCAUGUUGCAUUCGGCAGCGAAGCGGACGCUGAAGAGCUUGGGCCGGCUGCGCCGAUUUUGGGUUUUACUCAAGCUGAAGUGGAGGGCCCGAAAGUAUUGGCAGAUGGGGGACUUUGAAAUCUUAUCGCGACUGCAGCCGUUUGAAGAACUGAAAGCUCAACUGGCCUCCGUGCACACCAUCAUUGCUGCGCCGGCUUUGGUUUCGAGCGAACUCAUAAAGGAGUUGCAGCUGUUGUAUUCAGUAAUUAUUGUGCAUCACAAGGGACGGUUCCAUGCGGAGACGGGAAUAGCGUUUUCUAGUCGAGAGCAAAAUCGCAUUUUCAGCACAAGGGACGGUUCCAGAGGCGCCGGCGAGGUGGGCACCCCUCCAGCGUUUGACAGGGUGCGUGCUGCUCCCCUGGGGUGGCCGUCUCCAGUGGUUGCAGUGGAGUUGGAAGAGUUAUCUUCAGCAGAUAAAGCAAAUGCAGUUGACUAUCACGGCGAGGAAGUGCCAGGUAGAAGAGCGAGGGAAUCAUCGCUUGUUUUGAAAAUCCCCAAAGACGAUAGUAAUCAAGAUAUUCUAAGCAUUAGCAACAGCCGCAGCCUCCUCGGCAGCCGCAAGAAACACGGCGUCACAGAGGGAGAGAUCGUUAUCCAGGGCCCUUGCGUUUCCGUCGAAGGGGAUAGGACAACUGUUCCGGACUGCCUCUGUUCAGAGAGGGGAGAACAUAGAAUUUGA